CUUCGGGAGAGGAUGCGGACGGAAGGACGGGGGAGGGAAGGGAUGAAGGGAAUCGCCGAGAGGAAAGUGCAUAGAAUAUGAAUAAAAAGGCAUCGAUAAGAGCGCGCGCUGUGCAAUGUCGAAUAUGAAAGAUUCGUUGAACGGGGCACUUUGCGUGGUAAUAGCUGGUCGGCAAUAGUACUAUGAUUUGGUAUGUGGCCACUUUGAUAGCAAGUGUUUUCAGCACCAGAGGAACGGCCGCUCAAGUUGCCCACGGAGUGAGAGAGGAGCCCCAGUUUGUGACGGCGCGCGCUGGAGAGAGCGUGAUCCUGGGAUGUGACGUGUCCCCUCCCCUGGACGGCCAGCAGCCCCCCUACGUGGUGGAGUGGUUCAAGUUCGGAGUGCCCAUCCCCUUCUUCAUCAGCUUCCGCUUCCACCCUCCUCAUGUCGACCCAGAGUACACCGGUAGAGCCAGCCUACAUGGGAAGGCGUCUCUUCAGAUCGACCCAGUGCGCUCAGAAGACCAGGGCUGGUACGAGUGUAGGGUCCUCAUGUUGGAGCAGCAGUACAACACCUUCCACAAUGGCAGCUGGGUGCAGCUCACAGUCAAUGCCCCUCCCACUUUUACGACCACGCCCCCACAGUAUGUGGAGGCCAAGGAGGGGGGCAGCACACUGCUGACUUGCUCCGCCCAGGGAAACCCCAAACCCAUGAUCAGCUGGCUGAGGGAGGGGGAGGAGCUUGCAACCAGUGGAAAAUACAAGGUGCAUGAUGGAAGUCUGACGGUGCUGGGGAUCACUCGGGACGACAGAGGGGCGUAUACGUGUCGAGCCUUCAGCGACCAGGGAGAGGUGCUCCACACCACCCGUCUGCUGGUCCAAGGGCCACCGUAUAUUAAGUCACCGCCAGAGAACAUCACUGUCAACAUAUCCCAGAAUGCACGCUUCACCUGUCAAGCAGAGGCGUAUCCAGGCAACCUGACCUACACCUGGUUUUGGGAGGAAGAUAACGUCUACUUCACUAAGAAUGACCUGAAAAACCGAGUACGCAUCCUCAUCGACGGAACCCUCCACAUCUUCCGGGUGAAACCAGAGGAUGCUGGGAAAUACACCUGCAGCCCAAGCAACAGCCUCGGAACUCCACCGUCAGCAUCGGCACAGCUCUCUGUUCAGUACCCUGCUCGCGUGCUCAACAUGCCCUCCAUCAUAUACGUCCCACGGAAACUGCCAGGGAUCAUCCGCUGCCCAGCAGACGCCAACCCGCCGGUGAUAUCAGUGAAGUGGGAGAAAGAUGGCUACCCUCUCAGAGUGGAGAAGUACCCUGGAUGGAGCCAGGCACCGGAUGGGAGUAUCCGGGUGGCGGAGGCCACAGAAGACUCCCUCGGCACCUACACCUGUAUGCCUUUCAACGCCCUGGGUACUAAGGGCCAGUCUGACCCGGCCAUUCUGGUGCUAAAGGAUCCCCCCUACUUUAACGUGAGGCCUGGUGGGGAGUACCGCCAAGAGGCUGGUAGAGAGCUGGUCAUCCCCUGUGCUGCCUCAGGAGACCCUGAGAUACCAACCAUCACCUGGAGGAAGGUGGGGAAGCCCAGCAAGAGUAAGCACAACAUCCUUUCCAGCGGCAGCUUACAGUUCCUGUCCCUCAGCAAGGAGGAUCAUGGGGAAUGGGAGUGUGUGGCCACCAAUGUGGUCACCAGCAUCACUGCCAGCACGCGCCUCCUCGUCAUUGGCACCAGCCCACAUGCUCCAGGCAGCAUUCGUGUGUUGCCCUCGGUGACCUCGGCCAACGUGUCCUGGGAGCCGGGUUAUGACGGAGGCUUUGAUCAGACAUUCUCAGUGUGGUACGGCCCAGUGUUGAAAAAGGAUAAUUUUGGCCCCCAUGACUGGCACUCCAUGCCGGUGUCGGGGUCUCAGACGUGGUUGGUGGUGCCGGGGCUGGAGCCCAGGACAGAGUAUCAGUUCAGCGUCCUGGCACAGAACAAGCUGGGCACAGGCCCUUUCAGCGAGGUCGUGACGGUUAACACAGUAGUGUCUCCCCUGAGUACCCCUGAACCACAGGUGCUUCUUACUCCACCACGGUGCCUCACAGCCAAUCGCACACAGCACGGCGUCCUGCUCACAUGGCUCCCGCCAGCCAAUCACUCCUCGCCUGUCGACCGCUACAUCAUGGAGUUCCGUCUCGGAGAGAGGUGGGAGGUCCUCGACGAUCUAAUCCCUGCCGGUGAGACUGAGCUGAUGGCCAGGGACCUAGUCCAGGAGUCCUGGUAUGAGUUCAGAGUCAUGGCCGUCAUGGAUGACCUCAUCAGUGACAGCAGUAAUGUGGUGGGAGUGUCCAGCACAGAUCCCUUCCCCCCUACGGAGGUGACUGAAGAGGGGUUGGCAAGGCCCGUGGUAGCGGGCGUCGUGGCAACCAUCUGCUUUCUAGCGGCUGCGGUGCUCUUCAGUACUCUAGCAGCCUGCUUCGUCAACAAACAGCACCGACGAAAACUCAAACGCAAACCAGACCCUCCCCUGUCUGUAACACACUUCAGGAAAAGCAUUGACUCACCGCCUCCUCUCACCCCCUUGCCCGGGGUAGAGCCCUGCUGGGACGCGCCAGCCAGGAGCAGCUACAUGCCCCCACCAGCCAGCUCCCUGCUGUCCUCUGGGAAGAUCAGUCCAGAGAGCUCCCCUCCCGCCUCGCGGCCCCAAUCCCUGUCCUCAGAUGGGGCCCACGGCCCGGGCCUGUACGUCAGGAGGCUGCCAAGCCCUCAGAGAGACAAGGACAAAGAGCUCUCCUUCUACAAGAAAACCAAGCGUGCCAUAGCCAGCAAGAAGUACAGCGUGUCCAAGCACGAGUCAGAGGUCACCAGCCCCAUCGAGCUGAUCAGCCGCGGUCCCGAUGGUCGUUUCAGCAUGGCCAGCCCGCCAUCAGCCCACCGCCGCAUCCAGGGCUUCCCAUUCGCCGAGGAGUCCGACAUGUAUCCUGAGUUCCGGCAGUCGGACGAGGAGAAUGACUUUGACCCCGGGCCCCUGCCCCCGAUCAUGGCCACGCUCCGACCACAGCUCUCCCCAACAUCCUCCAGUCUGGAGUCCACGCAGCCCCCCAACUACAGCCCCCGCCUCCACAGGCCCAUGGAAGGUAUGAGCUUUGUGGAGGGCAGUGGGCAUCAUGCUGCAGGGCAGGCCCCAGCCUCCCGCUACAGGGAUUUUCCACAGGUCCCUUUCUAUGGGUAUCUAGGCAGCCGCGGGGAAUCGGGUAUACCACCACCUUUUUACAUGCCUGACAUCAGUCCCCGUAGUUCCACUCUAUCCUCCCCAGGCACUGCUGACGGGGGGCCCUACGGCUAUCCCUCCAUCCCAGAGGAGAGGGAAGAGAUGGAACUCCAUCAUCAGUACACUGCCUCUGGCCAUUCCCUACCACAUACACACAGUACUCCCCCUCGCUCCCCUCGCUCACCUGACAGCUGGCAGCCUCACGAGUUCCCCUUCCUGGGUCUGGAGGGGCCCCACUUCAUUUAUCCACCUCACCACCCCUUACAUCAUCACCAGGACCUUCCCGAUCCUCCACCGUACCCCCCUCUCCACUCUCUCCCCCCCAGCCGCCUGCACCUCCCCAGCCCUCGGCUCCUGCAGCUGGAGGUCCCAAUGGCUCCACAGAGCAGGGACCGACCCCCAGGUCCCCCAGCUAGGCACUUAGCUAUGCAACAGGCCCAGAGUCUCGGCCAGCUCAGACACACGUCCCAUGGUGUGGGUGUACCAGUGUUGCCUUACCCUGACCCGGCAGCCCGUGAAGGGAGCCCAAGCACAGCCCGUAGCAGCAGCCCCCAGUCCUGGCUCAGCCCGAGGUCAGGGCGUAGGACAGACCCCUCCCUGCCCCCGCUGGUCCUCCAGCCCUCCCGCCUCUCCCCCCUCUCCCAGAGCCCUCUUAGCACCCAGCCAGGUUCUCCAGAUAUUCUAGUCCGCCCCCCGCCCCGCCCCAGCAUCCUCCGCACAUCCCACUCUCUGGAGAUGCCUGAGAUCACCCUGCACCCCCAAGCCACUGUCAGUUUCUCCCGAAGGUCCUCCCUGGCCACCUCCCCCACCCAGGGCCAGCAGGGAAGCCGCAGGCCCAGCCCCAGUUACCGUGCCCACAUGUCCUAUGCCUCCACCGCAGCCAGUUAUCCCUCCCAGUCCCCCUCUCCCCCUUUGGAAGGCAGGGAUGUGUUCGGGCAGUGGCCGUCCCAGAGAAGGACAGAGGAGGAGAUGCUGCCCUCAGAGCCCUCCCAGCUCCAGAUAUCCGCCUCAGGGGAACCUCUAGGUGCGUCUUGUGAUCCUGCCGGGUCUGAGAGCUUACAAACACUGCUACACCACUGUAUUACUAAAGCCAAGAGAGUGGCUGCCAACACCAAUAACAACUCCACUUCCAGGAGAAGAACAGGUGUGUCUCCCUCUCAGACCCAGCAGCAAUCCCAGACUACCCCGGCUCACAGAGAAGAUCUCUACCUGCACAGGAAGAGGAAAAGGCAGAACAGGAAGAGCCCGUAUCUCUUUUUGUCCUCCCUCCUGCGCCGCAGCAGACGCUCUGAGGAGGACCAGGCGGCCAUCCUGGCCAGUACAGACUCAGACGGGCCCAACUACGGGACCCUACACUGACCACUGACCAGUAUGUCCACUGCUGUCACUCACAGAUGGCCCACGCCAUGGGACGUGACUACAUUGACCCACCAACCUAGAUCUCCCUAGAACUCCCAAACACUGAUGAUGAUAAUCAUAUGAUUAAUUCCAUUUAGCCUUUGGUAGUGGAUAACCUGUCUCUAGCAUUUUUCUAAUCAUUUAGAAACAAAAUACAGAUGUUUUCCAUGUCUCCCUGAGGAUAAUGUAGUGAGGGUCACCAGAUAAAACAUCUGUAAUGUAAAUAAAUUAAAUAAUGAAAAGGGGGAGAAUCUCUUAUAUUGUAGGAAAGUGCAUUUGAUCUAAAUAAUUCACAACACCUUAAAAGUCACUGGUCAGGAGGAGUCUAUCUGAGGUGUUACAGUGACGCCGUGGACUAUAAAACCUGGUGCGUUCCUUAAACAAGGACCUAGGUCUACCUUUCCUACAAUUCAAAUAGUGUCAGUAUCUAACACAGGGUUCUUAUCACAAAAUAUACCUCAGAGUAAGCGUAGAAUUGCUGUAAUUCUAGUGGUAUAUACUGUACGUAUUUUACAUUAUUUUUCAAAUGAAAUAAAUGGUGUAUAUAGUAUCAUACACUUCCCAUAUGAAAUGGAUGCUAUGGCCUGAAAUCUGAUUUUGAUCCGCAUCGAUCGAUCCCAAUCUGCAUAUUUUGCUUAAUCCCAAAAUGAUAUUAUCAUCCAAUACAAGGCGUGAUAUGAUAUUGGUACAUUUCAAACCACUAAAAGACAUAUCCUCACUCUCUUGCAUGUUGGCUCAAAGCCUUUGACCAUGUGAUCACAUCCAGUAAAGUUGAGCCUAUGUUCUUCUUGCUAAGACAUACAGUAACCUUGUGUUCAAAAGAGGCCAAAUAUACACUUGAUAGGGUGAGGACAGAAAAGGGGUGAGGAAAUGUGAUGUCUAUUCAGUGUUUUUCAUUAAUAUGGAGGAAACCUCGAGUCACUUGUGGAAUAUGGCACAUCUCUAGGUGCCUUGUUUGCCUUUUCUCUCUUGUUUUUGAAAAGUGAAUUAACUGCCUUUUCCUUCGCCUUCACGCAUUCUCUCUCUCUCUGUUGGGACUCAUUAUAAACUCCAGUCUGACCUGGUGCAGACUCAACUUUUUCUGCCAAGGACACCUAGCUGUGAGGAAGUGGUACUGAAGGUGCAUUACUCUGAUUCUUUUAUUAAAAAAAAUAUCUUGACUGUGUAUAUUCUACUAAUAGAACAGACCUAUAAUAACAAUUAGUGAUUAUGAUAAGUGUUAUUCAUUUCAGGUUUCAAAUUGUGGUAAUGUUAUAACAUAGAUUAAAAAAAAAAUCACAAUUAAAUCAACAUUUAAUUGUAAAUGGUACAGAAGUAGUUAUUAUGCAGAAAGUGAAACUUGCCAUUGAUGUUCAUAUUUCAAAACAACUGUAAUACUUAAUACUGUAUUGAAAGAUCUGAUUGCUGUUGAUUUAUUAUGCGAUUUUAACCAAUGGGCUUGUUAGAUGACAAGUGACAACAUUUGUGUUACAAUAACUAAGGUGAAACUCAAGGUGGGGUGGCUGUCUCGACUCUCGACUGUUUAUCUCUCUAACAACGGUAUAAUAUUACCUGCUAGCUAUUUCUCUGUAUGUUUAUUCAUUUUAACACUAACCGAUAAUGAAUGUAUGUUUUGCUGUACAGGAAAUGAAUGUCCUGAUGUCACAGUACAAUGGAUGACCAUUCACAUGUGGUGGUAUUAAGUUUAGGUUUAAUUGGCUAGUUGGCACAAUAUAUUGAUUUGAUUUAUCUCAAGGUACUAGCUGGUUAGCCAAGGAAGAAUGCUUUCCUUUACACUGAUGGUUACUGUUAGCAUUUUCUUCUCACCCUGUAGACUAGGCCGUCAUUGAAAAUAAGAAUUUGUUCUUAACUGACUUGCCUAGUUAAAUAAAGGUUCAAAUAAAUAAAUAAAAGACUAGACCUAUUAGAGAGCUUUACGCUUACACACUGACAAGAUGAAUCACUGGAAGACAUUGAUGUUUUAAACCCAUUUGUCUGACUUGGAGUCACUUUUAUCUCUACUGAUAGCAAUUCAGGAGUUGAACUAGCCAUAACAACUCUCUGAAUGUAUGUUAAUUAAUACCCUCUCUGCUUACUAUAGAAUACAAUUCAGUGAUCAAAUCAUCAACUUUAUCUGCCCUCUUCACUCACUUUCCAACAUAUUUUCUUUUGAAUUAGUGAAAUAGUUGUUUGAAAUUGAUACAUCAACAUGCAUAUUCUAAGAAUUGGUUAUAUGUAAGAUAUGAGGAAAAUCUAUAUUUAUAAUGUAUACAUGGUGUGUACUGUAUUUGUAAAGAUGAAACUAAACAGAAAGAUUUGCUGUCCAUGUCAAUUAUGCUUGAGGACAAAACUCUAGAUGCAGAUUUAAAGCAAAUUAUAUUAGAUGUGAUGAAAGUAUUUGCUUUAAGGUAUGAAGUGGACAAUAUUUAUAAAACAUCUUAAGGUGCCUCUUUUGUCAUAUUUUCGGAGACAUUGUUUUACAUUUAUGGAGAAGUAAAUGUUAGCACAGAACCAAUGUGUUAUUGUCAUUUGGGUCUGUUGGCUGCACAAGUUCAGUAGUAUUUCUUCUGUUGUAUAGUAUGUGAAUGAAUACCAAUUUGAAAAGCUUUAGAAGCAUCAACGUGUUGUCGCUGGACUAAACCUUAUCUGGAACAGAAAACAACGUUUCUUUUCUCACGAGCACACAGGUAGAUUCACUUAUGAUCACUUGCCUUCAGAUGUCCCAAGUAUGAGAAACAAAAGAGAGGCCACAUUUUUCAUUGAGCCACAAACAAUGUCAUAGUUAUGGGGUACUGUAUGUGCUGCAACCGAAGUCGUGUUUACAUUAGCUAGAGAUGACGUACGUGAUACUAGGACGUAGUUGCUUUCAACAUUAUGACUUGGUGCUAUGUUUAACUCUGUGGUGCUGUAGAUCAGAGGCCUAAUCUCUUGAAGUCCUCUGUGUUUUACUAACUCAACUAGUUCCAUCGUUGUAGGUCCUAUUAGUAAACUAGUGUGAUUGGCAAUGAGCAAAUUGUAUUGAUUGUGGAAUCAGAUAGUGGCAAUAGAUAGUGUGGUGACAUUCAAAAAAUACAUCAACGAGACUUAGAACAAUGUAGCAAUGGAACAAUAGUUAGUUUCCGUCUCUGUUACAUCCUCUGUCUGUGCUUCCAGGGUACCCUCUCCAAAGUGUUGUACUUGUGUUGAAGGGGAGAUAUAAUAUCCAGAUUAGAUGGGGAAACCUACUUGGUGUGAAGGUAUUGAUCAGUACUUUGGAUCAGUAUUAAAUAUGUAACAGCAGACAGGGGAGGGAAUCUGAGCCUGUGGUCAGGGCAUGAUAAGGUUGUUCUACACUACACACUUCCUACAGGUCAAAACUAUUUUUGAUUGACAGCACUGUUUUCAAGCACACUACUGCAGGGGCAUAACCUUCUUAUGUGAUAUCUCUCCACUGUUGUCGCAAAGUCUCCUAUUGGGGGACAGUAUUGUACAGUAUAGCCAAUAAGAGUAUUCAUCAAACAGCGUUUGUAUUUAAGCUGAUUCUUCUCGUAUGUUUUGGUAAAGCUGAUUCUUCUCGUAUGUUUUGGUAAAGGUAUUUCUGACACAUUCUCCAUGUAGAAUUUUACUAAUGUAUGUAGUCUUCCGGGCUCUUUUGCUUAAAAAAAACAUAGUAUGUAAGAGGGCUACUUUGGAGGUACAGAUGUAGGAUCUUAAUUUGAGCCAGUUUGCUACUGCAGGAAAAUAAACCCAGCAAGAGAAAAUGUGAAUUAUUAUAACGAUUAUAUUUAAUGGACAUUUUUUAGGGGUUGCAAAAAUGUUCUUAAAGAGAAAAUAAAGUCUGAAAUAUCAAAGUGGAAAUUACAAACUUCAGAAGCCUUUUUAAACCUCAAAUACACUACAAGUCUGAAAUAUCCUGCAUUGAAGGAAAGUUCUCCUGCAACAGGGCGAUCAAAUUAAGAUCCUGUUCUGUUAGAUCGACUUUUGUUUUGUGUUUUUCUGCCCUAAUGCUUUUAGUGCAGGAGCUGGUAUGAUUAUACUUAGAGCCAAUUUGAUUUAACUAUAUUUAUCUUGCAUGUAGAGACAAUACAAAAAAGCCUAUUCAGCAAUCAGUCAUAAACGUUCAACCUGGUUGUGAUCAGACAGAAAAUGGAAUAUGUAGAAUUGUCUAUGUUCUCUGUUUUUCCAUGUGUACCAUCACUGAGGAAAUAGAAUGUAUUAUUACAGUACAAUAAGCGCUACAUCUUUGACUGUUUUAACUAAUGCUCCUCAUCCUCAAGCCAGUAGUGGUUAAAGGAAGAAUAUGUAGUCAUGUCAUAGCAUAUUUCAUCCUUUGAGCCGUGUGCGUGCUGUAUAUCACACGUUUCUAUAUUUUAUGUUGUCUUCUGCGCAUAAUCUGUUUCAAUAUGCCUUUUUAACUGAAACAAUUGAUUGAUAUCAGACUGUUCAUGUGUAAAUAUUCCGAAGCAAAAACAUAAAAUACCUUUGACUUUUUGUCUGUUUUAGAAUGAUAACCUGCUGAUAAUUUGGAGCUUCAUCAUUCAGUUCUUUUGGAUUGACAUCAGGAAUUAUUUUCCACUUAACUUUUAUGUGAGCAAUUAACUCAUCUACUGUAUGGUGCUGUACCAAAGCCUUAUGUAAAAUACUAGUCUGUGUUGAUUUUCUCUUUUGCCACUGUUGUCCAGGGAAUUCAAUAUUGCCUGGGAUCACAUGUUACUCACUUCAUGUUCAACUGCCAUGGAACGUUUUUCUUCAGAAUAAACCCUGAUACCACCAGUGGCUUCUAGAUGAUAGGUGACAGAAGCUUAUGACCUGUGGCAUAGGCUCAAGACAAAGUGACAUAGGUUUAUUAAAAAAGGCAUUGGCAAAUUUUUUGUAACAUUGGCUCAUGAGCGGUUUGACAUAGACAUACAGCAUGUUCUAUGAUGAUCCAUGGCAUGUCCGUGAGAGGUGGAAAGCAGCGUUGCGUUCAUGUCCAUCAUAUGUCCAUUUCCAACGCUUAGUCCAAUGUAAUAUUUUCCUCUCAAAUUUUUGUAUUUUGAUAUAAUAAAAAUCUAAAACAUG